AUGAAGCUAGCCUGCGCCAGCAUCAAGGUUAACAUCAUCUAUGGACUCGUGGUCAUCAUUUUCGCCAUUGGGCUGGAUUCCCUGCUCAUCUCCUUGUCUUACUACUUCAUCCUGAAAGCUGCCCUGAGUUUGAGCCAAGAGGCACGUGUCAAGGCCCUCGGGACGUGCCUCUCCCACAUAUGUGCUGUCUUCCUUUUCUACGUGCCCUUUAUUGGCUUGUCCAUGGUUCACAGGUUUGGUAAGACGCAUGGCUCCAACAUCCAUACCGUGAUGGCCAAUGUCCAUCUUCUGGUGCCUCCAGUGCUAAACCCAAUCGUCUAUGGGGUGAAGACGAAACAGAUACGUCACCGAAUAGGGCGGGCAUUUUGCAGAACUAGGUGCUGA